UUUUACCGUCGUUUUUACAUCAAAUAUAUGGUCACGACUCUCGUUAUAUCAUUUCCCCCCAUAAACAGUAAUCGAAUAUUUUAUUAUUGUGUAUUCACUGGGACCGCUGGCAGUACACAAAAACUCCACGUCCCAUAACCACCGGCUUCUUAGGCUAGCUACAGUUGCCAUCUGGCUAAUGUUCGCAAACUAGCUUGUCUUGUCAAAUCGCGUAUUUGUAAUUAUUUGUUUAUUUUUGUGCUUCGUUAAAGUUUUAGAUAGAUUUUCUUUGUAACAGCCCUUGUUUGGACAGUUAGCUGGUGUAUAAUUUGUUUUAAAUAGUUAGCACGAUAGCUAGCUAGUAGGGUUUGUAACCAGUCCGCUGGCACGAGACCCGGAUGUGAAGGCUAUAUCUGAUUAGUCAAAUGACCCCCGCGGGGCUGUAAUGGAACUUUUAUUCAUUUACCCUUCGAAAAAAAAAUCAACAGUUUAAGAAUACUAGAAGUAUUCUAGUAAUGGAGAUACACCGGGGUUUUUCUAAAACAGUUCAGAGCUGGUGAACCGAACUCCGUGUGCCGAGUCCAUUCACUCACUCAUUCAUCCCAAAGAAACCGGAUGACGUAGUUAACCUAUCAGUAGGGUACCUCUUUCUAUUUUCUACUUAACCCCGCCCCUCGCGCCUGACGUCAUCACCACUGCUCGAUAACGCGCUCUCGCGUUCACGCGCGCACCUGCAGCUUGUCCAUGACUCAAACCAGCAGAUCCUCCUCCUCCUGCUUCUUCUCCUCAUUCUUCUUCUUCUCCUCCUCCUCUUCCUCCGUCUGUGUCGUGUCUCUCCGGGAAUGAGAAGGAGCGAUGGCGGGCUGUGGCAGCGAGGAGAAAGCUUACCGCCGCUUCCUGGAGCUCUUCCUGAGGGAGAUGCGGCCGCCGUUGCGCGAGGACUCACCUGUGCCCGCGCGCCCUUUGUCGGACUCGGUGGUGGAGGACGAGGUGGAGGGGGAAUGUCUCGACCUGUGUCUGCAGCACCUGUGCAAAUAUAACUGUCCGUUCCCGUUGGCGGCAGGUUUGGCCCGUGGGACGGCUGACAGUGUUCUACAGACCGAUCUCUCCAGCUGUCACAUCACUAAGACCAGUGAGGACGGCACAGAGACUGAAAUACUUCCCCAGAUCGAGGCGGUGAAGUUGGCUCGUCUGGUGUUUAAUAAGCUGUGUGAGACAUGCUGCGUGUGGCUGAAGGGUUUCCCGCCGCGACGCCGCUCUCAGGCCUACUACGAGACGUCCAUCCACGCCAUUAAAAACAUGCGGCGCAAGAUGGAAGACAGACACGUCAUCAUCCCUGACUUUAACACACUUUUCAACCUGCAGGAUCAGGAGGAUCAAGCGUUCUUCGCCGUGUUCGACGGCCACGGUGGCGUCGACGCUGCAACCUACGCCGCUAAUCACCUUCAUGUCAACUUGGUGAGACAGGAGAUGUUCAGCCAGGACCCCGGAGAAGCUCUGUGCAAAGCUUUCAAACUCACUGACGAGCGUUUCGUACAGAAAGCUUCACGAGAGAACCUGCGCUGUGGCACCACUGGGGUUGUGACCUUCCUGCGAGGCCGGACCUUGUAUGUAGCCUGGCUUGGAGACUCACAGGUCAUGCUGGUGAAAAAAGGACAACCAGUGGAACUGAUGAAACCUCACAAACCAGACCGAGAGGAUGAGAAGCGAAGGAUCGAGGCUUUGGGUGGCUGUGUGAUCUGGUUCGGGACGUGGAGAGUGAACGGCAGCUUGUCCGUCUCCAGAGCCAUCGGAGACUCUGAGCACAAGCCGUACAUCUGUGGUGACGCAGAUCACAUGCUGUUUCCUCUGGACGGCACUGAGGAUUACCUGAUCUUGGCAUGUGAUGGUUUUUACGACACGGUGUGUCCGGAGGAGGCGGUGCGCGUCGUCUCUGAUCACCUGCAGGAGAAUAACGGAGACACAGCCAUGGUGGCGCACAAACUUGUGGCCUCGGCCCGCGACGCCGGUUCGAGCGACAACAUCACGGUCAUCGUGGUGUUCCUCAGGGACCCGCGGGCUCCACCCCCAUCUGAUGAACAGCAAGAAGAUGAAGAGGUGGAACCUGAGGAGGAAGAGGAAGUGGAUGAAGAAGAAGAGGAAGAAGAGGAGGCGAUGCAGGGUGAGUUGGUGUGUCAGGACGGCGGCGGGGAGAACGGAGGGAAAGUGCGCAGCGGCUGGCCCCUGCAGCAAUGCUCGGCUCCUGCUGAUCUGGCCUACGAGGAGCGCACCGACUCCUUCACGGACAGGACGAGUCUCAGCACCACGGGGCCCGAGCUCCUGCUCACCACCGGCGGCUGCUUCUGUCCCUCUACCAGCAGGUCAGACCUGGGGCUAAGAGAAGGAGGAGGUCGGCGUCGCCUGUGUCCCAAACCUCGGCUCCCAUCUGGCAGUGGACGCUGGGUGGAAGCAGCAUCUCUGUUCCCUCAGCAGGGGCGGAGAAAGAGGAGGCUAGACGAAGAGCUAGAGCGCAGGAUGGAGGAAAAGAGGCGCGUCCGAAAGAGGGGCGAGUGCCGCGGUAUCCUGAGCUCCCAGCCUCAAGUACCCGAGCCGCCACGCUACACUGAGACCCGGCCUGGAGUCGCCCUUCCACGUUUAACACACGAAUACGCCAUCUAAGCCCCUCCCCUAACACCACACACACACACCACAUUCACAUUAAUGUCAAAUAUUCACUUUGUUGCCUCCUGCAGGCCAAAGCCACAUUUUAAACAAACAUGUGUCACACACACAUACACACACACACACACACUUCCCCUCUGACCUUACAGAGAAAGGAGUUAGACCAGAGGAUGUGUAGAAUAUUUUUCAGUGACUGAUCUGUCUACCAUUUCAUUAUUUAUUCCUGUGACCGUGUUUGAGUUGAGAGAUUUCACCAUCCACUGUUUUAGCUGAUAUUUCAUCGUGUGUGUAAUAACAGGUGACCAUUAAUGUGGCGUUUCUGGCGUUUAUUAAACGGCGGUCACUCACUCAGACUCCGUAGAACUAAAACCUCUGCCUUUUUAACAGUGGAAAAGAAUCCUUAAAGGCAGGACGAAAUUCUGUAAAAUGUUUAAAUAAAACCGAACGCUGAAUUAGACGAGCAGCUUGGUUUAAAACCACACAGACUCCGAUUACGAGUUCCUCAGAAAGUUCUUUGAGGGAGAAUGAGGACAUGACAGGACACCAGUUUGAUUAUAUAGAGAAAAAAAUUGAGUAGAGACCAAAGAAAGACUGUUGAGCCGAGCGUGUGUGUGUGUCGUACGCUUGAUGUGUGAGGACAUCAGUGGUAUCCUUUUUUUCCCAUCAGCUGCUGUAUGUCUCGUUGAUCUGAAGAACAAAAGUGUGUGUGAACGGAGGAGAGCUGCAGGAGUAAACAGUGUUAAUGUCGUUCAUCCGUGUUGAGAGACGAGACGUGUCCAUGUGAAUCACGUGCCUUCUCAGAUCAUCUUAAAUAAAAAAAAAAAAAAGUUUUAAAAAAGAGUCAUCUUCGCUAACUCGGCCAGCACCGGCUAGCGUGACUCGCGUGAUGGAAGCGUGCAGCCUCCAGGUUCACGUUACGAGUGUGUUUGGAAAUCCUCCCAUAGGUAUGUCUCCUGAGCCAGAGCUGUUCAGGUAGAGGGGGCGUGGCCUAAAGGGUGAUUGUAGAUUUUAUUAUGCUAGAAGUGACCAUAAAGUUCAUUUUAGUUUUAAUAUACAGACUUUAUAAAAGUUAAUGUAGAAAUAUUGUUAUGGGGAUAAAUGAUGAGGAUUUAAACAUGUAGAUAUGCAUGUGUGCUAAAUGCUGAAAGAAGACACACACACACACACAUACAUGCACAUACAUAAAGGGACAUUGUGGACAUUUGAUCAACAGCAAAACUGAUUCCAUAUCAAUUUAAAGGUUAAGACUUUAAUGGGAACUAUGAUCUUCCUACACACGCACACACACACACACAUGCACGCACACUCACACUCACUCAGCCCAGCCCAUGAUUUUGAGAGCUUGUCCAUGGUGAUGCUGCAAAAUGUCAGUGUUCCCUUCUUAUGUGAGAUGAAGAAGCCUCUGUGAAACCUUCUACAAUCUCCUCCUCAUCUUCAGCCAUGCCGCUGAGCUCAACCCUGAUCUCAGUUGCUCCAGGAGCCGGAAACAAAGCACUACAGAGCAGGAACAUCCACGGGUCCUCCUCAGACACAUAGAACACACACACACUUUGACUGAGAGGAUUAGGCAGCACCAUUUUUUAUUUAUUUUUUUUGCUCAGACUCUGGAAUGUAUUCACACUGAAAACAUUCACCACGUUUACACGUCAUCGUGUUUCUCAAACUCGCAAAAUAUGACGUCCCCUGCGUCUCGCGCCGCGUCCACGUGAACGGAUCAACGUGUGAUCAACUCUGAGGUUCUGCGUCUCGUGUUGAAGUGCACAAGUGUUCGCUCUCUCCCUCGUUCCAAGGGGCACAAAUAUAUUUAAAGGAAAUGUAGUAAAACAUGUAUAUAUGUAUUUUUGUGUGUGUGUGUGUGAGAUGCGGUAAGUCUUAUUAAUGUGAUAGUUAGGUCUCAGACACACAUUUGGAGUUGUGUAUUAACUCUUCAGCCAUGAUGUUCCUCUACAUUUAAUCCUAAAGACAACUACUUGAAAUUUCCCAAACAGGAGGAUGUGCCAUGAACACACACACACACACACACACACACAACCUCCUCCACGUUCAGGGAUCCUGAGCCUCGGCACGCUCCUGCUCGUCUCACCUCUUACUCCCUGUCUCUCUCUCACUGUCACCUCGUCUGUGAUCUUCACCUCUGCUUUAACUUCCUGUAAGCAAUAAUCAACCUACUGAAGCCAUGAGACUCUGAGCUGCGGAGCAAAGAUCCUCCCAUGAGUUCAUUAAGAUCAUCACCGGAUAUUCUUUUACACGGACGGAGCAGCGUCCGUCUUCUCUCUGAACGCUGAGGCGUGUUCGUGGUCCACUGUGUGAAGUUUGUCUCUUUCCGGGUUUAGUGCUAGAGCUACGAGGAUGAUGGAGCUAACAAGCGACACGAAAAGUCUCCAGGACACAGUGUUAACUUCACCACGUGGAACUGGUGCUGCAGUGAUCCAUUAAUGGAAUACAGUCACUUCAUCUGAACAUCAGCAGCAGGGUGAGAGCGCAGUGACCUGAAAGUCACGCAGAAGUCAAGCUGUUAUUAAACCACAUGAACUUCUCACGUUUCAGACCAGCGCUGCUGGACAAAUCCAGAGCAGUGAGACGGCUGAUAGCAGCAAAAGGUUUCGUUCUCAAACACAGUGAUGGAGGCGAACUGACAGAAUCACACCAGGUCAGUUAUUCCUCAGUGACCUUCACUGGGUUUCACUGCUGGGAAGGGAACAAGGAGUUCAGUGUUUUAUAAGUCGUUCCUUGUUUUUCCUUCUCUUUACAGACGGACAGCAAUGUCACGUGAUCUGUUCUCACUUAUUAACUUUAUAUUUUAAGCUGAUUACUUAUAAAUGUUCACAUUACUUUUAAAUGGAAUAUUAAGAGAAAUCAACAGUCAAAAUUAUCCUCAGUGUGGUCUGGUGUAACCCCGCCCCCUAGACUCCACCCCUAGAGAUUUAACAGUAGGCUGGUGGCUGCUGUUGAUGAUGAUGGUGAUCUAUUUUUAUAUGAUGUGUGGGACGUAUCUGUGAAGGUUUUGACGGACAGACGUCCAUCUCCUGUAGGAAACCUCUACAGGAGCAAACUUCACACAGCGCCUCGUCUCUGCUGAUCUGGAGGAUGGUGGGUUUUUUUUGCUGAACUGCUCCUUUAAAACUGUGUAAGACUCGUGUACUACAGCGUGAGAGCGAAAGGUUCGAUCAGGAACCUGAACAGACAGACAAAUGGAGACGACGUCUAGACGUCCCGCUGUCUGUGUGAGAAAGCGUGAGCUGUGGAUUGUGUACGGAUGUUUAAGUAAAACUGACUAUUACAGACUCAUUCAAGAUGUUAGCCUUUAAAACACACACACAGAGAAAGAGAGAGGAGAUUCUCCUCCUCACUUUUAGAAGCUUUUUGUUUUCCGUUUCCUGCUCAGUUACUGGAUGAUGAAGUCAUGCCUUCUCUUCUGUCCUGGAGUAGGAACUCGGUCACAUCGGGGUCUCCUCCAGGAACCUCAGUAACCUGCGGACACCAAACACACACACCCCCCUUCUCCCCUCCCGACUCCAAACUGGCUCACAGUACAUAGUGAACCUGUGAGUGUUAGUGUGUGUGUGUGUGUGUGUGUGUGUGUGUGUGUGAGAGAGAGAGAGUGUGUGUUCCGUGCUAAUGUAGUAUUUAUUAUAAAUAUGUAUAUCUGGUGACUAUCAUGUAUAAAGAGUGUAAGAAGUG